AAGCAAGGCAAGUCGUUGGAAGGCGUGGAAAGAUGGGUCCAGCCACAUACAAAGGUUAUUUCCCAGCGAGGACCCGUGACGACAGGUCAGAUAAAACGAUGUCUACCCAACCCCUCCUCCAGCGUACAGCAUCCAAACGAAUCGCGCUCCCCAUCCGGGUAGAACCAAAGGUAUCGUUUGCCAACGAACGCACCUUCCUGUCAUGGCUCCACUUCACAGUCGUCCUCGGUGGACUUGCCAGUAGGCUUACUCAAUUUCGGAUCAGCGCCGCGAUGUUUUCUGUAGUGGCUAUGGCUGUUAUGAUCUAUGCAUUAUACACCUAUCACUGGAGAGGGGCGUCUAUCCGCCGCGGAGGUCGUGGUCCGUAUGAUGAUAGAGUCGGUCCGUUGAUUUUUAUUUUUGAAGUUGCCAUCAUCGUGAAUUUCGUUCUCCGGUUUACGCAAGAGUGAUGCAUCGGGCUAGAAGGAACUUUUGCUGGGUUGCUUCACCGGCAUCACUAAGCCUUAUGGAAUCUCCCGUGAACAUGUUCCCAACUAGCCUAAUUGGCAUCUAUUGUAGGUGGCACGCUGAUCUAAGUACAUACAUACGAACUUGGCAUACCAGAUGUAUGGGUUUUGCAAAUUCUUGAAUAACUUCAUUCCAAACA